UUUCUGUUAUUGUUUCUUUUCUUUAGAUGGAGUUUAAGGAGUUUUACUCUGCUGUCUUACAAACACUCCUUCAUCCUCUUGGUAAGGUGGAUGGUAUGAAGUUUAACCCAUUGGAACUCGUUGGACAUCUCCAAAGAAUAUUCCAUGUUCCUAAUGCAUCCCACAGUACACUUGUAAAGGAAGAAGUCAACAAACGACCGGAUCGUUUUUUUCUUAGAGUGACUGUAGUGGAGGCUAAGGACAUCAAAGGAAUGGAUCCAAAUGGUAUGAGUGAUCCAUACUGUAUCCUAACUCACUGCAAUAAGGCAUCCAGUAGCAGCCCUUCCCAACAGCGCUCCUCUCCGCAACACUCUCACAACAAGAACCAGGCACGUAGCGAUAGUCUCGACCAGCUCACCAACCACAAGACGCAUUCCCUGCAACAUGCCAACACUCUCCCACAAAGCUCAGGGAACAGUAGCAGUAGAUUCCUAUCUCCUCAGACUUCUGUACCUGAGACCAGCCAUCAUCUUAGUCUCUCCAGGAACAUCCAGAGGAAUAGGAGCUUCAACCGCAAGGACAGACGAAGGAAGUCACUGGAACACCUGGGUGUUGAUGCCAAACAACAGAGUAUCCAGCAAGAUCUACAUGUUCACUCAUUAGCCGUACCUGAUGAAAGGAGACGUAAGGGGUCUGAUUCAUUCCCCGUUUCUCCCAACUUAACCCAUAAUAAUUCCCUGGAAGCUAACUCCCUCUACAGGACGUCAUGUAAGUCGGCAACCUUGCAUCCCGUCUGGAAUGAAACCUUUGACAUUGAGUUGGAUAGAUUAGAUGGUGAGUUGAUCAUAACCAUGUGGGACCUGGAUGAAGAGACAAGUCUUUGGGAUGCAUGCAAGAGUCUAGAAGCAGAACACAAGCUUGCUGGUAUCAAAAACAUCUUUCGUCACAUGAAGCACGGGAUCAACAAAUGCACAGAUGAUUUCCUUGGUCAAGUCACGAUACCCCUGGAUAAGAUAGAGGCUGCUACCAUCACGGAGGAUUGGUAUCGACUCCAGAGAGGUCAUGCUAAGGUCAUGAGUUCACAGGUCACUGGUAAACUCCAUCUCAAGAUGCACUACCUUAGGAUAAAGUCUGAGAACCAUCCAGAGAGAGAUGAGAGAGCGCUUUCAUACUACCACCAGCUUGUAACUGCUGCUCAGAAACAUGAUGCAGGAAAACAUAUUAAGUCAAGACAGGAUAAGGAAAAAACUCCAUGGGAUGGAAGGUUAAGUAGACUGAGCCACCAUGUUCUCAAUCAGUUUGCAGUCCAGAAUGGAAUCAGCAAAUUAUCACAAAACAUCAUGUAUUUGUCAGCUUUACUUGACUUUCAGUUAGAAUUCACUCGCAAAUUGAAAGAAAUAGAGAUGGCACCUCCAGAACUCAUAAUGGAGCCAGUACCUGAGGAAAGUGCCUUUGAUGAGACAGACUCUUCCCCUCCACUCUCUUCUUUGACUCCCAAUAACAACAAUCAAGGCAAUAAGGGUUCUCCAACUGGUAACCUGUCAGAAAAGACGGAUCCACCCAAGGAUGAAAAAACUGUACGGAGAUCGCCCAAUAGGUCAAGCUUGCGAAGGCAAGGUUCAGAGUUUGACUACGGUGAGAAGUUUGUACCUCAGCAGAUGGUGAAUGGUAAACUUGGAGGAUUGGUGAUCAAUGAUCGUUUCGUGAGGGAAGCACUAUAUAAGAUCCAUGCAGAGAUGAUGGCUGAGUCAGCUGUGACUAUCUAUGGCAGUGACCCCAAAGGGUUGGCUACACUAUUUGAGAACAGACCUGAAUGGCUUCGCUUUGAAACUGCCAUUGUUGAAAACUCCAUCAGUAGUUAUAUCUAUGAGUGCUUGGCUAACCUUCCAGAUUGUGAACCAUUCUUCCCUCCGACCAACCUCAUAGGACUGGACAAUGCCAACAAGAACUGCAAAUUACAAUUGCUGCAGAAUCUGCUUUCGAUGUCUAUUUGGCGUGACCAUGACACCCCCGUCCAUCGACUAGUGAUGAAACUGUUAGAGUCAGUUGUACGUAAUGACACAAGGAAGCACAUCCUUACUGACCUUGAUGCCAUUCCUCUCUCACAAGGAUCAUUGAAACCUGGAGAACUUGUUGAUCUGCUUGCAAGAUUUGCUGAACUCCUGUCCCGAUUCACCAUCUACUGUAAGAACCAGAAGGAUUAUAAAAACUUCUUUUCGAGAUUCCAUGUAGAUUUCUUUUCAACAGUCACCAUAGAGAUUGAUCGGCAGGUAACGAAAUAUCUUCAGGAUAUUAUCCUCUUGCGUCUGAACCAAUACCAUGCCCGCUACCGACGGUUUCCUCAGAACAUUGCUGAAGCUAGCAAGGCUGGUCUAGCGCUCUAUAUGGCAGUCAAGAAUCUGGUUUCUGUCCUCAAGAAGAAUGUCGCUGGAAAUGAGAGGCUGCAGUUAGAACAAUAUAGCAUCUGGUUCCAGGUGCCUCUCACCUACUGGUUGGUUACCUUUCAACAUGAGACAUUCAGUCGUGUCCACAAGGCUUUAGAACUUGACAAGGAUGUCAAGUUGGUCCAUGAAGUCGUCAAGUAUUCCAACUCGGCGGUUGAUGUCCAGGCUUGCUUCGCAAAGGUUACUCAAGAAUGGCAGAGCAUAGGAUAUGAAUGUCCUAACAGCCGCUGUAUGGCCAUUACAAAGCUAACUGAUCUGAUAUGUGAAGGAGCUAAACUGUAUGCAUGUAAGAUCCACUGCAUCCUGGAAGCCAAUGGGUUCUAUAAGACAAGUAAAGAUGGUCAAUUUGAUAUCAAGGAUAAGCUAUGCAUCACACUCAACAACAUUGAGCAUGUCCGUGGCUACCUGGACAACCUCCCCACUCUCCUAGAAUGGGAAGCUAACUGCAACCAGCUGGCUGCCCACCACCAGACGGCUGAAGCUGGUAAACUAACCCUCAGUACACUGAGACGCUUGACCCAGAGGGCGUGCCAUGACAUCCAUUACAUGUCUAGUCUCCUUGAGAAGAAGAUUGCUUAUCGUCUUAGUCAGGAGGUCAACAAACAUCUUGACAAAUUUGUCAACCCACAGAAGGGUCAGACCAGCGAAGAGUGUAUGGAGGAGCUUCUAGACUACAUAGAUGAGAACCUAGGUACUCUUUAUAAGCAGCUCCUCCCACAGAUCUUCCCUCGCUUAGUCCAGGAGCUCUGGAAUGCUCUCCUGACCAGCAUAAGGUCCAGGAUCCAAGAUGGUAGACCACCAGGCUAUUACAAGAGGCUACAACAGAGUCUGGACUCCUUGGAGGCCUACUUUCAGAGGCCAGGCAUCGAAUUGACAAGUUCCAAGACCCGGACUGAUGAGUAUCACGCCAUCAUGGAGAAGUUGGAACCUAAUACCAGGUCUACAUUCAGUCUGUUGGCCCUGUACUAUCGGGACCUGGCCCUAGAUAUGGCCACGCCCAUGGCCUACCUGGGCCAUGUCAGUAUCAAGAUGGCUUAUCAUGAGGUACCAGGUGACAUGAGGUCACUAUCGGUCAAAGUGUGUAAUGCAGUGGAUCUACCAGGAGUGAAAAGGAAUGGAUUCAGUGACCCCAAGAUUAUUGUGGAGAUUGCCCCAGAAACAACCUUCAACAAAGUCUUAUCCUUCAAGACAAUGGUCAAAUAUAAGGAACUAAACCCAGUUUACAAUCAAGUCUUUCAAUUUGGUGCGUUGCCUGAAGAGGCUUUUGAGUUGGAUACUGUGAUUCUAUCAGUGACAGUCGUUGAUCACAACACUGUGGUCUGUGAUAGCUUCAUCGGUGAGGCCUUCAUUCCACUUCAUCAGGCAAGGCAGGUGACAGAGAAACAGACAGUGGACCACUGCCCUGCUAUCAUGCUAGCCCUCAAGCGACCCAGGAGACUUAGGGGUCAUGUAGAGAUCCUGAAGAGCAGGAGUAAGUGGGACAAGAGUGCCAAGCAGUUCAUCACCAAGCGAACCUGGGCCAUCAAGCAACAGAGACAAAGAACAGACAAGAAGAUUGUGAAAAGGCAUAGUCACAAUGCCUUCUUCCCAGAGUGAUGUCUUCUAGAUCCUGUAAGGUCAUCAGUGUGACCCCAGCAACUAGUGUCCUAGAAGCAUCCAUGUGUCAAUGAGGAUCUGCUCCUGUUAGCUACUCGUCUGUAAGUCUUCUAGAUCCUGUAGGGCCAUCAGUUUGUUUUUAGUGGCCAGUGUCCUAGAAACAUCCAUUUCCUAUGGAGGACCUGCUCAUCUGAAAGUCUUUUAGAUCCUGUAGGGUCAUCAGCUUGAUUCCAGCAACCCCUGUGUCCUAGAAACAUCCAUUUCCUAUGGAGGACCUGCUCUGUUACCUGCUCAUCUGAAAGUUUUCUAGAUCCUGUAGGGUUAUCAGAUUGAUUCCAGCAAACACAGUGUCCUAGAAACAUCCAUUUCAUAUGGAGGACCUGCUUUGUUACCUGCUCAUCUGAAAGUCUUAGAUCCUGUAGGGUCAUCACUUUGAUCUUAACAACCAGUGUCCUAGAAGCAUCCAUGUAUCUUGGAGGAUCUGCACUGUUUCCUGGUCAUCUAGAAGGUCUACUAGAUUAUGUAGGGUCAUCAGUUAGAUCUUAGCAACCAGUGUCCUAUAAGCAUCCAUGUAUCUUGGAGGAUCUGCACUGUUUCCUGGUCAUCUAGAAGGUCUACUAGAUCUUACAAGUUACCAGGUUUUUCUGGUCAAUUACGAUGUUCUCAAAGCAUCCAGAUAUCAACGAUAUUGUGUUCCAUUUUUUGCCAACUAGAGCCAAGACCCCGCUCAAGGAUCACAAUACUACAAAUGAUUUUCCAUUAGAAAAUAUUAAGAUCUUUUGACUUAUCAUUGACUUUCUGUUCCAGAUACAAAAUAUAUUUCCUAGCCUCAUUGUGCUUCUUUCAAGGAACUUCUCCCGAGGCCAACAUCAAGGGCUUGAGGCCAAGGCAAACAACUACACUAGAUAGAUAUCCUUGGACAAGGCCAAGGCCAUAUAAUUGUAAUUUAGGCCAG